CUUGUCAUCCGAUGACAUAUUUUUGAUGUUUUCGAAAAUCUGAUAUUUUUCAUUUGAAUUUUCUUUGAUAUGGACAAUGCCAAACAAAAAAUGAGUAAAAUAUUUGAGCGCUGCUAACGCACUUUAAGCUAAUAUACAAAUAAUGGUAUUGAACAAUGUUUUCGUGUUAACCGUAUCUACAUCUAAUCUGAUGUGCAACAUACAAGGGCAUGCUGUUUAAGUGACCUAGAACCACACCUUCAUAAAGAUGUUCUUCACCAUUGAGGAACUAGUGAGAUGGUUGGGUCUAACAAUCUUCGAAAUAUGCAUAAACCUCAUAUCACUUCUAUUAUUCACGAUACUACUAGUGUUCCUGUAUGACCCGAACGUGGAAACAUCCAGCAACAACUGGUGGAUGAUUUUCCUCCCUCUCUUCGCUGGGGAUGCACUCAAUGCUUAUUUCUGUGUGAUUGUAUACAUCCGUUCCCUUUUGGAAAUGACACUGAAAUUUUCACUAUUGAGGAUCAGUUGGUCAGGCACAUUUUUGCUUAUGACCUUUUUGUUCAAAUUUUUACUUUGUAAAAGACUGUUAGGCCAGGUUAGUUUAGAUUAUUCAGAGGUAUUUGCCCCAUUGUAUAUACUUUUACAGUUAAUUGCUGUUAGGGCUUGUCAGCAAAGUUAAUUUUAUAUUGUAAGAAUAAAUUAUUUAUGUUUAACA